CUUAUCCGGUUGGCAUUUCUCUGCAGAUUUGUCUCAAGAAAAAUAAGAAAUUUGUUUAGUGGUCUUCGUCUAUAGUGUUAAGAAGCUGUUGUAGGAUUAAAGUUAACAAUUUGAAAUGUUAAGAUGGCAGGAGUUUGGCCAAGCUUGGUGGGCUGAGGCCAGAAAAAAAAUGAAAAAUGCCGCUGUCUUUUUGGAUCCAUUAGCAUGUGAAUGUCUUCAUUGGAAUGGAGGUGCACCAUCUAUUCUGGAGGCAGGAGCUACCUGUAUCAAGGAACUGUCAGCCUUUGAGGUUGUUCCAAAAAACAUAAAGAAGGGAGUCUUUAUUUCCAGUACUGCCUGGCACGGCACAAAUUACACAAUUUUAGAAACUCUAAUUCAAAACAGCAAUUUGGAAUAUUGUGUGAUCAUAACAUCAGCACACCUAUCUGUGCAUCACCUCUUUUUGUGGGGCAGCAGGGAAGGUAAUGAAUCUGAAGUGUUGCAAAAAAUAGAAGAAGAUGUUUUAGAAUGGAUGGGGAAUUUGAACUAUACAGUGGAAGUUUUCAGUUACCCUUUGAGUACCCUACAUCCUACAAGUGAGACAAUCUUGAUUCCCUCAGCCAGAUUAGCAGAACCGUUUCUUACCAGUGACUUAGGAUAUCUCAAUGAACAGCUUCUGCUUUUUAGCAAGCAGGUGGAUGCCCCAACAGUUCGGUCAAUAAACGAGCUCACUUAUGCAAAUUUGCCAUUGGAAUCCCAAGUUCAAGUCAGGCAGCUAGUUAACAACCUUAAUCAAUUGAUACAGCACAUAAACGGAAAAGAGGAUAUCUUCACAGUGGGUCCUUUCAGUAGAAUUCUUGGCACUGAGCUUGAUGCUUUAACUGCCGCAAAAACUCGACGAAAAACGGCGACCAAUAAACUGUCUGUUAUCUUAGUUGAUCGGCUUCUAGAUCUAGCUUCAGCUACCAAGUGCUCCAGUGAAAAUUUGUAUGAUAGACUACUACAUACUCUCGGCCGGCUUCAUGAAUACUCGAGUGAUGUGGCAGUUAAUAUGACGACAGAACCGCAAGGAGAUCUGACUACAGCGCCUGGCUGUUUAGCACCCCAAAUGGAUUGGAAUGACGGAUUGGAAAUGAUGGAUCAUUUGUUCCACGAUACUCAAGAACAAGCUACGGAAUGGUUUACGGCAAUGCUAAACGAUAGUUUGGAAGAUACCAAUGAUUUUGAUAAACUGAGCGAUUUGAUUAGCCAUUGCAACAAGAACUGGGAUUACAUAGAAAGGUUUACUCAUUUAUACCAGAUAGGAUACGCAUUGUGGCGAACACAGAAGAGUCACAAAGCAGCACAAAUGAACAUUUUAGAGGGAAUCCGAAAGUCGCUGAUUGAGGCAUUUGAUGGCGAAUCUCCUUCUCCUCUUAUACAGGUCUUGCAGCUGUUAAAAACUAGAAAGGACUCGAAUUUGUCUUUGGACGACAUCCUAGUUUUGUUAGUUCACGUAUACUCUUUAGCAGGUGAAAAACGUGAAAACCUCUUUCCGUUGGAUUUGGAAGAUCGUUUAAAGAGUAUAGUGGCAGAAAUUUUCGUAAACGAAUGUGAUAGCCUCUCAAAUACGCUACAAGACUUUGUGGGUGUACCUGUAGAUGAAGUUCGAGCACACCGUGCCGCUCAAAAGAUCGUUGAGCAACUUCAUUCCAUAAGUGGAUACCGCAGUCAUAUGAAAAGAUACAAAAACCUUUAUCAACGGAAAAACUCUGCAAUGCCCGUAGUGUGUACCAGCUUUCUACAGCAAUUGGUAGAAGAUCUUUUUGAUCCUUCUUUGGGCGACAAUCCAGAUUUAGAACACAAAUCGGGAGGCUUAAAAGAUUUACUGAAAACAGGUUUCAGUUUGUUCGUCAAUGUACGUAAGCCAAAACCGGUGGACAAUCCUAUUGUGAUAUUAUAUGUAUGUGGUGGCAUACGCCCUGACGAAGUGAAGCUUAUACGUGAUCUAUUUCGCCAAAAAUCGCCUUCCCAUAAAGUACUGAUAGUCUCGAGCCACUUCAUAUCAGCCCAUGAUACAAUCCAUCACAUCGUCAAGAAAACUGUUUCAAAUUAAGGUGAACUAUAAAAAAUUAUCAAUCUUUACACCGCCUCAGUAGGAGAUUGUGGCCUAUCUGUUAUUGAUCAUACAACAUUUAUGACCUAAGUGGCUGUUAAGAAAUGGAAAACAGAUGGUAUUUUCAUUA